AUGAGUACUAACUCUGGCAACGUUAGUACCAAGCCAACUCGGGUCAAAAAACGCGUACAAAGAACUGCAUAUAAGACAUCUGAGAAGCUUGUCAUUAUUCUGAAGCCAAAAAAUUUGGCAUUUUGGCAGCAGCGUGUCGUUUUGGUGUUGACAAGUCGAUGGUGUCAUGGUGGAUGCCAAAUGAGGAAAAUUUUAAUAUCAAAAAAUCGACGUGUUGGUGCAGGAAGAAUUGCUGCUUAUCCAGCAGCUGAAGAGGUAAUUGUCAAUUGGAUUCACAAGCUUCGACUUAUUGGAAUUGCGAUAACAUCUGCAGCUAUCAAAAUGAAAUGA